GGCAGCUUGAGUUUAUUUGGGUUCGGAGAGAUGCGAGAUGCGGAGAAGAGCUGCCAUGGAGUGGCUGUUGCUGCCGCUUCAUGUUUCUUUGGGACUGUAUUUCUGCUGCAUGGUUCCUUGACUAUCACUACCACUGACUUACCACCAUCACUAUUACUACUAAUCACUGGGCGCUGCAAGCCGGAUGUCUGUCCAGUAAGGGACGCCCAGUGGGAUUUCUCUUCCGACCAGCUAGGCACCCUCGUUGAAUAAUUUGCAACUAAACCCUUCGCAGUGGCCCCUUUCAAGCAGGAGAUUCAUAAAGUCAGCCAUUGCUGGCAGGUACACUGCCUAGCGUAUGUAUCUUUAGAAUCUUUUAGACUUAAGUACUGGACGGGCAGCCUGAAGUCUGUUCUUCCUGUCUUUUCCCCCCUCCCCCUUUGUUUCAGAAGUUCACCCAACCGGACUUACAGCUCACAAUUCAAGCUCACACCGUCAAGCACAACAAUCUUCCUUAUGGAGGUCAUGGUUCGCUGAACCGUACGAGAUUAGUCAAUAAACCCUUCCAACUGACUCCAAG